GCGCUGAGCUGCCAUCCAGAAGAGACGUGACGCAGCAAUUCCUCACAUGUAUUUUAACAUAUCAGACGCUUUUUUGUGGAACUGUCUUUUGUGAGAGCAGUCAUGACAUCAGUUUGGAAGAGACUUCAGCGCGCGGGCAAAAGAGCGUCGAAGUUUCAGUUUGCGGCGUCCUUUCAAGAACUCACCGUAGAGUGCACGAAGAAAUGGCAGCCAGAUAAACUGCGAGUUGUUUGGACCAGACGAAACAGACGCAUCUGCACCAAGCUUCAUGGCUGGCAACCAGGUAUAAAGAAUCCGUACAGGGGGACUGUGGUCUGGCAGGUUCCUGAAAGCUUGGACAUUACAGUCACUCUGUUUAAGGAUUCAAAUGCAGAAGAAUUUGAGGACAAAGACUGGACAUUUAUCAUAGAGAAUGAAACAAAGGGCCAUCGGAAAGUUUUAGCAUCAGUGGACGUGAACAUGAAGAAGUAUGCAAGCGCAACGCUGGCUCAGUUUGACCUGACAUUUAUACUAAAUCCUCUAUCUGUGAAAGUUGUGGACGCCACGCUCAAACUCACCCUUUCCUGUGUCUUCCUGAAAGAGGGCAAAGCCACUGAUGAAGAUAUGCAGAGUUUAGCCAGUCUGAUGAGUUUAAAGCAGUCAGAUGUCGGAAACCUGGAUGAUUUUAAUGACAGCGAUGAAGAGGAGGACAAAAAACUGAGUGCAGCAGUGAAAAUGGCCACAGCAGUAAUUGAGAAACACAGACAGCUAGGUGUAUUAACAGAAGAGGAAUAUCCAAAUACAGAAUGUUCUGCUGAGGGGGAUGCAGACGCUAAACCCUCAAAUGUUUCUCCCAACCAUGAACCCCACCCUUGCAAAGCAGGAGAUAUCAGUAUAGCCAACCAAAGGCCAAACCUCAGUAUUAACAAGCAACAACCUGUUUUUGGGCUGGAGGUUGUGAGGCAAGCAAAAGGUCAAGAAGCAGCUGAAGAUUCCUCCAACCUAUCAGUUCCGAUGCCUCGUGUGAAGAAACAUUUAAGUGCCUCUUUCCCUGAAGACAAUUCCAGUCCCAAUGCCUCAUCAGCCAGUCAGAAUGAAGUUUCUGUAAAGGUCCGCGUUGAGACUGCUGUGCCUGUUCAUAAUAAUAGGAGGGUAGCAGCAGAGGCCAUGGACUUUCAAGGACGUUUUCCAGAUAAGACAUCUUCAGCUAGCGGAAUAGAGAUGACGAGCUUGGUGACCUCAAGUCAGUCUCUGUUGGAAUGGUGCCAAAAGGUCACAGAAGGUUACAAGGGCGUUAAGAUCACAAACUUCAGUACCUCGUGGCGAAAUGGUCUUGCCUUCUGUGCCAUCCUUCAUCACUUCUACCCAGAUAAAGUGAAUUAUGAAAUGCUGGAUCCGUAUGAUAUUAAACGCAAUAACAAGAAGGCAUUUGAUUGCUUUGCUGAACUGGGCAUCUCCAGGCUAAUCGAGCCCUCAGACAUGGUGCUGCUGGCAGUGCCCGACCGGCUCAUUGUGAUGACCUAUCUCAAUCAGAUCCGCACCAACUUCAUGGGCCAGGAGCUCAGUGUAAUACAGAUAGAAAAGAACAGCAGUGAAUCCAGUUACGCUAUUGGUGAGAAGAGGGAGGAAGCCGACCCCGAAGCAGCUGUUCGCUACUGUGCUGAAAGACUCCAGGGCAGCGGGAUCACUCUAGGGACCAAUGGAAACUUAGUUGAAAGGGACGUUAAGGGAGGUGCUGGGGUUUUAGUGCCACAUCCAAGAACCAAGCGAACACAAGCUGGAGGCCCAGGGGGCGCUCAGCCUCCGGUGGCGCAACCCAGAACUCAUGCCUGUAAGGCUUUUUCUCACGUGAAGGAUGCAGAUCUUAUGAAAAAGCGGAGAUCGCAGAUGCGGGGAGAGUCACUGUAUGAAACAGAACUAUCAGAGCAGCCGAGUGCAUCAGAGGCUGCAUCAGGCCAAGCAGAAACUGAAGCAGCCAGCGGAAUUUCAGAGUCACAAAACACAGAAUCCCAAGAAGAGGGCACAGCAGAAGAAAAAAAGGAUGUCAGUCAGUAUGUUCUCAGUGAGAUUCAGGCUCUGGAGGCUGAACAGAAGCAGAUGGAUCACAGGGCAGCCAUUGUGGAGAGGAAACUGAGAAGACUGAUGGAAUCUGGUAGUGAUCGUGUAGAAGAAGAGAAACUGAUUCAGGAGUGGUUUACUCUGGUCAACAAGAAGAACGCUUUGAUCAGGAGACAAGACCAUUUACAGUUGUUGCAAGAAGAGCAAGAUUUGGAGAGGAGGUUUGAGUUGCUUAAGAAAGAGCUUCAAGAUCUAAUGGCUGUAGAAGAAUGGAAGAAAACCCAGGCCCAUAAAACCAGAGAGCAGUUGUUGCUGCAGGAGCUCUUGUCUUUAGUCAACAAGAGGGACGAGCUUGUGCAAGAUAUGGAUGCCAAAGAGAGAGGGGCUCUCGAAGAGGACGAAAGGUUGGAGAGAGGUCUGGAAAUGAGGCGCAGGAAGUAUGGAAGUCGGAAAGAGAAGUGUGUGUUACAGUGAGGAAGGCUGUGCACCUGUGAUUUUGCAGGACCGUCUGUUUUGAACACUGUGCCGAUGGACUAAUGUGAUGUGUGUGGACCAUAUCACAGUAAAUGCCAAUGGAGGACACGUCUACAUAGAUUAAUCCUCAUGUUGGAAAGAAGAAGUUUGAUGAUGAGCAGCAGAGAUUGUUUAUUUUGGGUAAUUUAAGAGUUGUUCCUUUUUUGAGACAUUUUUAGCAUCAGAAUGUUUUGUGUGAAAAAAAAUGAAAUGGACAUUUGAAUGGUCCAUGCUAUUCUGAAAGCACUUCUUGUUUCAAAAUAUAUCAGCAAAUAUACAAACUGGUGGCCUUUGCAGUGUUAUUUACUUGAUUAUUUAACUUGUUUGUCACAUGCACUGAUUAUAAGAAUAUUUCAGAAAGCUUUGUAACAUUUUAUAAAAUUGCAGACUUUGAAAGAAGUAUAGCCUAUUAGUGUUAAGUAGUCCAUUUUUUAAAGAAUAUAAACAUUUUAUUAGGUGUUCUGUUAGGAAGGUUAUGUGUCUAACCAACUUGUAAAUGCAGACACGGUGUGAAUGUUUAGCCAAAUAUAAAGCAAAGUUGUGAUGUUGGUAUAAUACAAGUUUACACAGAUUGAUAUGCAUAGGUUUAGGAGAAAAGGGUAGCAUUUUAACUAUUGCACAAGGCUAAGAUGUCUACAUAUCUAUUUCAUUCAAAAUAAAACUUUGCCAUAUGAAAAACAAGAUUAUUUUAAAUUGUAUCUUUAUGUAUCUUAUUAGAUAUGCAUACAUUUGCAUAUUAUAUUAAUAGCGAAAAAGACCCACAGAAAAUGCCACAACUAUUAUUUUGGAUGUUAAGUUUUGGAAAUUACUAAAUAUUUUAAGAUUAUUCUUAAUAUUAAUAUUUUUAAAAUCUUCCAAAAUCCUCAUUUAAUGCUCGUAGUACCUACACUAUUCUGGAUCCAAUACAAGUUAAGCUCAAUCGACAGCAUUUUUGGCAUAAAAUUGAUCACACAAUCCACGUAAACUAAUUUUAACUUGUUCCUUGACUUUAAAAAAAGCAAAAUUUUAGGUUAUAGUGAGGCACUUACAUUGAAAGUGAAUGGGGGCACUUACAUUGAAAGUGAAAAAGUACUUACAUACAUUUUUCUGUUAAAACUCAUGUAUUAUUUGAGCUGUUAAGUUGUUUAAAUCGUAAUUUUUACAGUCAUUUUAGAGUUUUAAGGUUUGUUGACAAUACCUCGUCAUGGUAACGAAGUGGUAAAACUGCCUAUACUUUACACAGAAAAGGUAUGUAACACUAAAAUCAUGUUUACACACAUUAUUGUUUGUCUUGUGGCUAUACUUUUGAAACAGUGAGUUUUUAAUGUUUACAGAUUGGCCCCCAUUCAAUUCCAUUGUAAGUGUAGUAAGAAAAGAAGAGACAGAUCAAAGUACAUUUUUGUGGUAAUCAACAUUAUGCCACAAAUGCUGUCGAUUGAGCUUAACUUGUAUUGAACUCAGAAUAUUCCUUUAAGGCACUCUCUUAUUUAGUAAUGUGUUUGACCUCCACAAUAUGUGACAUCCAAUGACUCCUACAAGUACUGUUACUAGAGUUGCCUAUCCUUUAGAAAUCAAAUCAUUAUUUGUUUUUGGCUAGAGAUCAGUAGUCCUAAAUCUGCUCCUUCCUUCAAUCAUUAGAGGUUGAACAAAGUCAACUUCUGUUAGUAAGUGUUUUCUAUUGAAGUUUUACAAAUAAGAUAUUUUAUUAUGAUUUAAUAUUAUGAACAAUAUGGGAUUAAUACAAGAAUAAAAUUAUCUUCAAUCCAUGAUUGGUGCUGAAUGUGAAACUCAAGUAUUCAGUUGCUCUUUUUGAGGAAUGAUGUUAUACUAAUGGAUGUAUAGUGAUGCUCUUUGAAUCGUCAUUAUUCUUUGGCCAUUGUUUACUUUUUGUUUCAAAUGUCAU